AAGUCGCCAAGGUUGGCGACAGGUCGGUCCCGCCCUGUUGCCCCACGCGGGCCUCCCGUUGGUCAGAGGGGGGCCCUCCCCCAAACGCCCCCGUUGCUGGGGCCCGAGCAGCUGUGCCAGCCGAAAUGUGGUGCCACCCGAGGCUCCUGCUGUGCCCGCUGGCCCGGGCACCCUGGGCCGGGCCAAGGAGGGACCGCUCGGCCCUCGCCCAGCUCACCCACAUCCUGGAAGGGGAACUCGAGGGGAUCCGAGGGGCCGGGACCUGGAAAGACGAGAGGAUCAUCACGUCAAAGCAAGGGCCCCACAUCCACGUGGAAGGCAGCCAGGGAGGGAUCCUGAACUUCUGCGCCAAUAACUACCUGGGCCUCUCCAGCCAUCCCGAAGUGAUCCGGGCAGGCCUCAAGGCGCUGGAGGAGUUUGGAGCGGGUCUCAGCUCCGUCCGUUUCAUCUGUGGGACGCAGAACAUCCACAAGAGCCUGGAGGAGAAGAUCUCCCGCUUCCACCAGAGGGAAGAUGCCAUCCUCUAUCCCAGCUGUUUUGACGCCAAUGCCGGCCUCUUUGAGGCCCUGCUGACCCCGGAGGACGCCGUGCUGUCGGACGAGCUGAACCACGCCUCCAUCAUCGAUGGCAUCCGCCUCUGCAAAGCCAACAAGUUCCGCUACCGCCACCUGGACAUGGCUGACCUGGAGGCCAAGCUACAGGAAGCCCAAAAGCACCGGCUGCGGCUGGUGGCCACGGACGGGGCCUUCUCCAUGGACGGCGACAUCGCUCCGCUGCGGGAGAUCUGUGCCCUGGCCCGCAAGUAUCAGGCCCUCGUGUUUGUCGACGAGUGCCACGCCACCGGCUUUCUGGGUCCCAACGGCCGGGGCACCGAUGAACUGCUGGGAGUGAUGGACCAGGUCACCAUCAUCAACUCCACCCUGGGGAAGGCCCUGGGGGGAGCGGCAGGCGGCUACACCACUGGCCCCCGAGCCCUGGUGUCCCUGCUCCGCCAGCGGGCCCGGCCCUACCUCUUCUCCAACAGCCUGCCGCCCGCCGUGGUGGGUUGUGCCUCCAAGGCUCUGGACCUGCUUUUGGAAAGCAAUGCCAUCGCGCAGUCCAUGGCGGCCAAGACCCGACGGUUCCGCAGUAAGAUGGAGGCGGCUGGCUUCACCAUCUCGGGCGGCGAGCAUCCCAUCUGCCCAGUCAUGCUGGGCGAUGCCAGAUUGGCGUCGGUCAUGGCGGAUGAAAUGCUGAACAAAGGCAUCUACGUCAUUGGCUUCAGCUACCCCGUGGUGCCCAAAGGGAAGGCCCGGAUCCGCGUGCAGAUCUCAGCCGUGCACAGCGAAGAGGACAUUGACCGUUGCGUGCAGGCCUUCGUGGAGGUGGGGCGCAAGCACGGGGCCCUGCCCUGAACCCCCGACACCCGUCCCAUCCCCGAGGGGGGUCCCCCGCUCCGCGCUCCCGCUGAACUGCCUGGAUCCGGGGGCGGGCGAAGGGAAGCGGACACACAUCCACCCCGAGGCAGCAGCCCGAGGGCGUCGGAGAGGAGGUGCUGGGAAACCCUCCUUUCCAAUUCCAAUAAAGCAGGAACCAAUUGA